AUGGUCCGCAUCGAGAUGGGCGGCUUGCCGCGGGUCAACAUCGACACUUCGCGCCCGGGAGACGUCAACAUCGGCGAGAUAAAGCAAGAUAUCCGACGGCGGAUGAAAGGUGGCGGCGGCCGCGCAGUCCAUUUGAGCUGGGACACAGCGAAGCCACGGCUCGUGCUGACCAGCGACACCGACGACUUCGAUCCCACCAUCAUCUCGCAUUUCCAGGAAGAAGGGUUCCAGUUGAGUUACCUCGUCUACUCGGGCAACCGGGCCGACUAUAUGAAUAAUUUGCAGCAUUUGCAAGAUCCACUUGAGUUGGGCGAGAGAUACGCAAUUGUAGCGUACGGUGACGCGGCCGCCCUCGUCCUUGAAGCCUGCAUGAAACCCAUGCCCAAAUUAGUCGCCGUUGUUGCUUACUAUCCGCCAUACAUGCCGCGCACGACGACGAAUUUCCCACCGACGCUCAACGUGUUGUUGCACCUCGCAGGUAACCAGAAAUUCGGCACGCGACACCCGUCCUACCGAUACCCCGGCACAGUGGCCGGCUUCGCAGAACACGAUCUCGACGAAUACGACAAGAUUGGCGCCUCACUGGCAUGGUCACGUACUUUGUCUGUUCUCCGAACAGCAUUCAAUGUGGAGCCAUUCGACAUCGAGGCGGCAUGGGAGGCGCAUCUGCGGCUCGAAUUUGGGGACAAAGAUGCCGACAAGACGAUGAAUACUAUGGCAAGGCACCCGUAUGUGAACCACGCCCCGACCAUGACCGGCGGGGUCGGACGACACGAUUUGCACCGCUUUUACGAGGACUUCUUCUGUCCAGGCCACCCGAAGGACUUGACGAUCCGACUGCUCAGCCGAACCGUUGGCGUGGAUCGCAUUGUGGACGAAAUGUAUGUCAAGUUCACGCACACGACGGAGAUCCCCUGGCUGCUGCCCGGUGUGCCCCCGACAGACAAGAAGGUCGAGGUGGUGGUUGUCAGCGUGGUGGCCUUCCGGGGUGGUAGACUAUAUCAUGAGCAUGUCCAUUGGGAUCAAGCCUCGGUGUUGGUGCAGGUCGGAUUGCUUGAUCCAAAAUAUAUUCCCAAGACGUUCACAACCGCCGAGGAAGGUCGAGAAGAGGAGGUUGACAGACUGCCAGUUGUUGGAAGGGAGGCUGCCAGAAAGGUGCUCGACGAGGACAGUGCACCGAGUAAUGAACUGAUCCCUGACUGGUAA